UUCAACAGUUAAUCAUCAACGCUGCCGUCGUUGCAUUUUUAAUUCGUGUGUGUGUGUGCGCGUUUACGAUAUCCUGUCAAUUAAAUCACUCUCACCCUUCGAGGAUUAUCAAUAAUUAAAUUAAAAACCAAAAAUGGUCGCUAACAAGAAAAUCGCUUUGGCUAUUAUGCUUUUUGCCGCCGUAAUGAGCGAAGCUGUGUGCCAACAAGUGGCGGAGGACAAUGCUUCCGAUGUUGCUGAAGGCCGCACAUUCAGCCAUCACUUCCUGAAGCGUCUGAGUUUCGCAGUCAUUCCUGGCGCCUUUGUUGUUGGUGUAAUCACCACACUACUGGCCGCACUCACCGUCGUCUCCAUGAAGGGUCUAGGUGUUGGUGUAAUCCUCUUGAUCUUGGCUAUUGGUCAAAUGCUCUCCCGCGCCAUACCCCAAGUUCACGCCGCCGCCUACACCGCACCAGCACCCGUGCCGGUCGUCUACUCGCAUUCACACACCCAACAACCCGUUUGGUUGGAAAAGGAAUGGUAAAUUGCAACAGCAACCGGGUAGUUAGAUGUACGGACGUUAUUACCUCAGUGAAGAUUUGUGCCAGAACAAAAAAAAAAGAACAAAACACGAACGCUGAAAUGAGACCAAAAAC